AUGACAAUAAACAAGUCACAAGGUCAAACUCUUGAGAGUGUUGGAUUAUAUCUCCCUGCCCCAGUAUUCUCCCAUGGCCAGCUGUAUGUUGCUCUAUCCCGGGUCAGAAAACCUUCUACAAUCAAGAUAAUGCUUGAUACACCAGCAAAUUCCAACGAAACAGCAAAUACUGUAUUUACAGACAAUGUUGUAUUUAAGGAAGUCUUUGACAUUUACCAGCCUCUUCCUGUUCCCAGCAACGAUGAUAAAAAGAAUCUCGCGUUCAUGCAGUUGAUCCAAGAGUUCGGAAUUUCUCGUCGAGCCCACGAAAAGAUUGUAGAACACUUCAACCAGAUCCUUGAUUUUUCUAUCAAUAUUACAUACCGAGCAUGCAGCCCACACCUUGGAAACAAGCUUCUUGAGCGCUUCUCGGGUAUCAAAGCAGACGGAUACAACAUUUGCAUCAGAGGUUGUAUGCAGUUCAACAAUGAGAAUGAUAUCGCAUGCGUAAAAUGCAGUGAAGCAAGAUACAAAAAUGGUCAAACUAGCAAAAGUGACACCAGGGUUCCUGUGAGAUCGAUUGUACAGCUUCCUUUGUACUUCCGCAUGUUGCCUGGAACCCAGACGCGCUCACUGGAGAGUUUCAGAAACUACAAUCUGGCAAGCAGUGAAGACAGAAAGGGGCUCAAUGACGAGAUGCAUGGUCUGUGCCACGGAAUCGGUAAACAGGUAUGGGGACUUGUACGCGGAAAGUAUGGAAUCAAGCAUCCUCUAUGUCUUUCUCUUGCCACUCAAAGGGAGAUUGGUGCUGCAAUGGUAGCCGCAAAAUCCACAAUCCCUACAUCGUUGCAUGGUGCCUGGAGAGACGUGACAAAGAAUGCCGGUUUCUUUAGAGCUGUGGAUUGGGCAGACUUUUUACUCUUUGUUGUCCCCACGUUGGUUGCAGAGCGUGUCCAGGACUUGGUUGCCCGAAAUACAUUACUUGGCCUGGUUCAAACAUGCAAUUUACUCAUGAGCUGGGAGUUAUCAGCAGAGGAUCAAACCUCGAUAAGAAGUAAUCUUGUAGAAUGGAACUUAUUCCUAGAGAGUCUUCUUUCUACAGCAGAUAUUGACAUUGGCGUGUUCACAAUUAACCAGCACAUUAUUCAGCAUUAUCCUCAGAUGAUUGAUCUAUAUGGCCCACCAAGAGCAUAUAGCACACGAUCCGUGGAAAGAGACAUUGGUGAGUACUCCAGGUCCAUCAAGAGUAACUCCCAAGUCAGUGUCAAUGCUGGAAAUAUCAUGAUCAGACUGGCGCAAUCCCGGUGUGUAGCGGAACUGACAACCGUUGCAAACACAAAAACUCCACCAGCUAACCUUCUAGUUUACAGUGCAUAUACCAAUGGGUGGCCUGUUACAGAAGGAGGUGAUCCUGCCAAUGCUGAGUGUGAGAUUGAGUUCUGGGGGCCUUUGAAGAAUUUAACAAUUUUCGAUAGCUUUGAAGAUAGAUCUCAUCUUUCAUUGCUUCUUAAAACGUUUUAUGAUUUGAAGGGGGAAGAAUGUAGUAUGCUUGAGCCUUCCAUAAAUACAAGCCGCAAGGCCUAUCUUAAUGGUUGUGUUAUUGAUGCUGCAUUCAACCAAAGUUCUACAAGAGAGGCAUGUCAUGUUCAUGUGCAGCUACAAGUAGACAUGAACUCCAGAAGAUCCCGCUCUUACCGUUCAGGAUAUAAGCAUUUCUUCGGAAAGGUGGUUAUAUUCUUCCAACAUGUACACAACUCGAAGAGAUGGUCACUAGCUCUCAUAACCAUAUAUAGUGUGCAUUUGAAAAAUGGAUUGCCUAUUACAUCUGUAGUAAAGCCAAAGACUAUAGUGAUUCAUGCCAGUGACAUUGUAGAGUUGGUUGGCUUGGUGCCAUCAAAUGUCAAUGGUAGCCAUUACAUCAUUUGGCCUAGCCUUAAAUGUGGCCCAAAAUUGACACUUGGUGCCUUAAGUGAUAUAUAA